UGAGGAGGUGAGAGAGUGUGUUCUGCUCUCACUCGAUGAAAAGUUUGAUACUCAUCUGGCCCAAGCUGAGAAUUUGACGUCACUUUUUAUUGCAAUUUAUGAUGGAGUUUUUAGAAUAAGAGAGCUAGCAAUGUGUACCAUUGGUAGACUCAGUAACCUCAAUCCAGCUUAUGUCAUGCCAACACUGAGGAAAGUAUUGAUUCAAAUCCUCACUGAGUUAGAGUACAGUGGAAUAGGUCGUAAUAAGGAGCAGAGUGCUAGACUGCUGGGGCAUCUCAUAGCCAAUGGACCUAAACUAGUCAAGCCAUACCAGCAACCCAUACUGAAGGUGUUGAUACCUAAGUUAAAGGAGCCUGGUGUCAAUCCCAAUGUGACAGUGAAUAUAAUGGCUGCUAUUGGUGAACUGGCUCAAGUGGCUGGGGUAGGACUGAGGCCUUGGGUCAAAGAACUGUGUCCUAUUAUCAUGGAAAUGCUGCAAGACGCUAGCUCCGUCCCUAAGAGAGAGGUUGCUUUGUGGACUCUUGGUCAAGUAGUGGAGAACGCCGGGUAUGUUAUUGAGCCUUACUAUGAGUAUCCAGAUCUCCUUGAUGUGUUGUUCAAUUUCCUCAAAACGGAGCAAACACCAGCAAUAAGAAGAGAAGUGAUACGUGUUCUUGGUUUGUUGGGAGCUCUUGAUCCUCAUAAACACAAAGUGAGGAAAGGAAGGACCCUUCGUAAUACAAUGGGUAUGCCCAUCAGUAAACCAAUGGACAAAGGAUCCAAAGGAACUGGCGGUCCUGCUGAUUCAGCUAGUGAACUGCUUGUACAAAUAUCAGGGAAUAAUUUAGAUGAUUUCUAUCCAGCAGUAGCCAUCAGUUCAUUGAUGAAGAUACUUAAAGAUCAGUCACUCUCUCAGCAUCAUGUCAUGGCCAUACAAGCUCUUGGAUUUAUAUUCAAGAGCCUUGGGAUGAAGAGUGUCCCUUAUCUACCUCAAGUGAUGCCUCCUUUCCUGAGUGUCAUUACAACGUGUGAGAAGCACAUGAGAGAGUUCAUGUUCAAGCAGUUGGGGCAGAUUAUAUCGAUCAUCAAACAACACGCUAGGGACUACAUGCCUGACAUACUAGCAGUAGUACGAGUGAGUAUAACCUCACACACUAUCAUUCACUAUGUAGUAUUCUGCAUUAUAUUAUGUACAGUGUAUAUAUAAUAUGUAUAUGUAUAUGUAUUUUGUCUUAAUCUUGCACUG